UCAUCUGUCAUCCCUCAUUUCUUUAUCUCUCUAUCUAUCCGCAAACCGCAACUUCAUCUCGAAUCACAGCUCGCCACUGCUCUCGCUGCUGGCAAGCCACGAGUGAGCCAGUUCCACCGAAAAACCCCCAGAUCUCGAAGGGCUCGACACUCCACGACCAUCUCCGGUCAUUCCGGCGUGGAAUUUGAUUCACCCGAGAGAAAAACACUGCAUCGCACUUCCUUGCGUUUAUUCGGAAAGCCGGACUCCAACCUCUACCAACCAAUCAACAUAAUUCGACACAUUAGACGCUAGAAGAGGCUUCUUUUAUGUACCCACGCGCAUAAUACCCUGACAUAAACGAACGGCACCUGAUAACAGCCACAGCUGGUACACUAGCGACGACAUAUGGGUGUAGGAAUCCGGUGGGCCUGAAAUCAAUAUCAGAUGCGUCAUUAGGGGUAGUAGUGAUCGACCAUCAAGCAACAAUCCUUCCUUUCAUAUUUGAUACUUGUCAACCUCGCGCCCUUACGCCCUGGUUCCGGCUGAUCAAGGUACAUCCAUCACCAUCAGUCAUCAAGCACAAUCCACAUUCCUCUAUUCCCGGGCAGUUAACACAAAUUUACACGAUCACAUCAAGAUUCAUUCAGUGAUACCCACUCGACGACCUUCAUCCACAAUGGAUCCACCCCGCGCAUCCUCCACUCGCUCUUCAUCCUCCUCAAUGCCUACCUCAAGCAGCGCCUCGGCGUCCGCAAAUAAGCUCAAAAAGUUUAAGCUUGAUCCGAUGUCAAUGCUUUUACCUCAUGAACGUCCAGGCUACCGUGGAUCUCCUGCCGCCGGUCGAAGUAUGCCUCCCCUACAUCCUCAAUUCCAACUGCAAUCCCAACCCGGUUCACCGGCGUACUUUGCAAUGUUGCAGAGCCAACAAGUACAACAGGAUUCUGGGACACAAAGGAUCGGGAUUCAGACGCGGACGACAGCUAGUGUGGGUGAACAGGGUGGGAAGCGCGGAGAAGGCAGUGGCAGUCAGAUUCCAACCCAAGUUCCAGUUGGUUCGCAGCACCCAGCACAAGGUGUACCGUUAUCGCCUCCUGCGUCAAUGGCAUCAACUCCACCGUCCGGGUCCUGGGAGGAUUCCGCCUCCCAGUGGAGCUCAAUGGAGGGUGUUGUCGAAGGCACGCCUGCACCCGGACAACGAUCCCAGCCUAGUCGGCAUUAUGCCCCGCGAAUGACUCAGAACACAAUGAGGUUGGAAGAUUGGGAAAUCGUCGAGACUCUGGGUACUGGGACCUUUGGACGAGUCUUACUUGUUCGACAACGACCUUCUUAUCGACCGACGCCAUAUCACCCCAUUUUCCCCCAUCUCUAUCGCUCUCGCCAUCCUUUCUCACCGUCACCCUCUACAACGCAAAAAUCUGAUGAUCAUCUCCCUCAUUUCGCCAUGAAAGUCCUUCGCAAGUCAGAAAUUGUGAGGUUAAAGCAAGUGGAACACAUCAACUCUGAGCGAAUUAUCCUUGAGCGUGUACGACAUCCAUUUAUCGUCGAACUGCAUGCCACCUACCAGGACCAGAUCAAUGUCUAUAUGCUCUUGUCUUACAUUCCAGGUGGCGAACUCUUCUCACACCUUCGACGGGCCGGGCGAUUCUCCGCCGACGUCACCAGGUUCUAUCUCGCGUCUAUCGUUCUUGCCAUUGAAUACCUCCAUUCGCAAAACAUUAUCUACCGUGAUCUUAAACCCGAAAAUCUCCUUCUCGAUCGUCACGGCUACCUCCGCAUCGCGGAUUUUGGCUUUGCCAAAGUGGUGCAAGACCGUACAUUCACUUUAUGUGGUACUCCGGAAUAUCUUGCUCCGGAGAUCGUUCUCUCCCAAGGCCAUGGCAAAGCUGUCGACUGGUGGGCUCUUGGUAUCCUCGGUUUUGAAAUGCUUGCUGGUUAUCCCCCUUUCUUUGAUGAUCAUCCGCUCGGUAUCUACGAAAAGAUUCUCCGCGGAGAUAUUGCAUUUCCUUCACAUGUCGAUCCUUAUGCCAAAGAUCUCAUUAGGGGGUUUUUGACAGCGGAUCGAAGUAAGAGGUUAGGCAACUUGAGGGGCGGGGCGAAGGAUGUAAUGGGACAUCCGUGGUUUGCGGGUGUGGAUUGGAGAAGCCUAGAGAGGAAGGAAAUUGGAGCUCCGAUCGUCCCUCGAGUGGCUAGCAUGGGCGAUUCACAGAAUUUCCAGCGGUAUCCACCUCCCCGACCACAAGACCUUCCGGGUGUAUUUGGCCAAACGUACAACACAUCGAACGAUCCAUGUGGCGAGCUAUUUUCAGACUUCAGUUUCCCUGGAGGAGGGAGCGAGAGGGGGUCUGCGAGUGAAUCUACUGAGGUCUUGAGUCGGGAUUAGAGAUAGCAGAGGUGAUAGAGGGAUGCGGGGAUAGGAUAAGCGCCCUCUAGUAAAAUACCCAGAGGAAGGAGGAACAAACUAUAUCAGUAGAAAAGUAACAGCAAUCAGGAACUAAGUAUACAUGCAGUAGCAUUGUUUCAUCGC